GGGUAAAGGAAAAAGGCAUGGAGGAGGUAUCCCAGAAGAGAUGAAAGUAUUUAUAGCCGUUUAUUUUACAGGUGUUAACCCAAAUUCUGAGAUUACAAGUGAAAGAGAAAAUGGUAAAUUGUUUAAUAUAGAUUGUGCAGCAAUAAUUCUUAAGACAUUAGGAACAGAAGUUUCUAAAUAUUUUGAUUCUAUAUCUUCUUGUUAUUCAAGCAAGUAA